AUGAACGUUACAGAAGACAAUUGUUACGAGAGCUAUAUUAUGGAGACGCAGCCAGAGAUGAGGCUCGGUUACUUUCUGCAGCUCAUACUUGCCUCCGGCGUUUCGGUUCGAAUUGUAAUGGCGGUCAGAUCACGACACAAACGGCACGUUCCUGCUCAUCCUAACUUCAAGGUAAUUAAAGUCAAUAUCAAACCACCACAUUUGAACUAGAUAUUGAUUAAUAAAACUAUUUCUUUCACGUUCAGCUUCUCAUCGCUAGCGCUUGCUUUGCCGUUUGGUUGUAUUCAACGUUCGAAGCCAUUGAUUCGGCGAUAUUGCUGUUCAACUCCCUAAGAGCUACACCAGAAAAUUGCGCGACGAACAUUUAUCGGACAACAUGUCUUCUAAUAAAAAUCCCAUUCUUUUAUGCGGUGCCAAUGUUGAGCACUAUACAUGUGUUGAUGUUUAUGGAGAGAUCGACGGCUUUUUUGAUGAAAGGAAACUAUGAAAAGAAAAUGUCAAAAUAUGGAGUCAUAAUUACUGCCGUUGCGGUAAGGCUGGGGUUAAAUUUUUUCAGCAGUUUUCAAUACCAAAUUCUGCACUUUCUUUCAGUGGUUCUGUUGUCUUCCCUUCGAGAUCUUAAUUAUUGGAAAAUUUACCCUGGCCGAAAAAGUAGUUCACUGUCAGAUAUUCAACAAUGAUACAGAAGUCCUCUUUGGCAUAGCUCUGGAGCUCACCACUCUGGUUGAUAUUGCUACUACAAUGGGCGAUACAAUCCUCAGAUUUCGAGCGCGGAGAAGUUCUCGAAAAACAAAAGAGUUCGCGUGAGUCUUCACUCUUCUUAAUGUAUACUGCACGUCAAAAGUUUGGAACAGGCCAGAUCUUCUUUGCGGCUUGAGAUGGGAGCUUCAUUUCUUUUUUAUUAGAAGCUCCAUGUAUUAAGAACCUCAAUGAAUACAUAGCCAUGGAAAUCAGAAAGCUCGUUGGAAUUUUAAAAAAAAUUAAAAAAUAAGUGCGUCAAAAGUUUGGAACAGCUUUUGGAAGGUGAUUAUAAACUUCGGAAUGGAGGCAGGUAUCCUCGCAUUUAGUGUUUCUGGAUGAUGUAUGGAAUCGGCAUGCCAAUGGCAUACUGAUUUUCAUCGAUAAACCCAAAAUGAAAAAAAUGCUUAUUGAGCCAAAAACUACGGUCAAAUUUGCGAAAAAAUGAAUUUUUUGGUUUGGGUUCUCUAUGUUAUCGGUGUGUAAGCGUUCUAAAAUAUUUAAUGUGGUCGCACAAUUGUACAAGGGCACUCAGAUCUUCGCAUAGGAACCAUAUCCGCACAGCAUAAUUUAUGAAAAUUUUGAGUUUUGCUAUAAAUCUUUACUUAAUGUAUUUUAUAUUUUUCAUAGAGCGGCUUGGAGGCUAAUUGGCUUGGACACCGUUAUCGUAGAAUAAAAAGAUGUCUUUAGGAAGCAGAACCUGGCCACUAUUUGCAACAUCAAGGCCACAUCUUUCAGAUAUUAAAAAAAUUUUUACCCCCAAAAUCAAUAUUCAUGUCUGACCCGGAUUUGGGGCGGGAUAAUUUGGAGAGUUGGUUUAUAAUACUGUAUCGGUGUGAUAACGAUAAAGGCGCUUAGUUUUGAGCCAUGCAGCGGCUUCAAAUCCUAGAUAAAAAAUAUGGGAAUAUUAACAUUUCAUACACCCGCUAUUUUUAAAGAUGUGGCCUUGAUGUUGCAAAUAGUGGCCAGGUUCUGCUUCCUAAAGACAUCUUUUUAUUCUACGAUAACGGUGUCCAAGCCAAUUAGCCUCCAAGCCGCUCUAUGAAAAAUAUAAAAUACAUUAAGUAAAGAUUUAUAGCAAAACUCAAAAUUUUCAUAAAUUAUGCUGUGCGGAUAUGGUUCCUAUGCGAAGAUCUGAGUGCCCUUGUACAAUUGUGCGACCACAUUAAAUAUUUUAGAACGCUUACACACCGAUAACAUAGAGAACCCAAACCAAAAAAUUCAUUUUUUCGCAAAUUUGACCGUAGUUUUUGGCUCAAUAAGCAUUUUUUUCAUUUUGGGUUUAUCGAUGAAAAUCAGUAGGCCAUUGGCAUGCCGAUUCCAUACAUCAUCCAGAAACACUAAAUGCGAGGAUACCUGCCUCCAUUCCGAAGUUUAUAAUCACCUUCCAAAAGCUGUUCCAAACUUUUGACGCACUUAUUUUUUAAAUUUUUUUUUUAAAUUUCAACGAGCUUUCUGAUUUCCAUGGCUAUGUAUUCAUUGAGGUUCUUAAUACAUGGAGCUUCUAAUAAAAAAGAAAUGAAACUCCCGUCUCAAGCCGCAAAGAAGAUCUGGCCUGUUCCAAACUUUUGACGUGCAGUAUACAUAAUAUAUUCAUCUAUUUGAUUUUAGCAAUUUUGAUACCUACACUUUAUCAGAUGCCUAUCAACAGAAAGAGAAUCUACGAUUAAUGACAAUGAUGGUCCCAAUUUCAACUGUUUUUGCUGCUGGUCAUUUAAUCUUUGUUCCUUCUCUGCUCUCACUACAUUCCUUGAUUCCGAUUUACGCCAAAUUCAGGAUUGGCGAAAAAUUUACUCCGGAGGACGUUGAACGGUUGAGAGUAGCGGUCUUUGAGAUCAACAUGGGUGUAAGUUUUAUGAGCCUUUCUUGUCUUCUUCAAGGCUUUAAUCUUUUUAAAUUUUGGAGAGGUAGAAUUUUUCAUUAUCUUCCUUAUGUUUUUACUUCUAGAUCUUGCUGACCAUACUGCUGAUAGUGAUUUCAUUGUAUUGCCGGAUGGGAGAGAAACUGAUGAACGAAAAGCAAGCAGCUCUGGAUAGACCAGACACGGACAUGUGCUUCUCAAUGUUCGAGAAACAAAUGAAUGCCAAACUUAUGUCCAAGAAAUUCGGCGUUCAAGUGAAGAAACCCGCCAAGAAAAAGUCCUGA